UGGAGUUUCAUGGAGUCAUGAGAUUUUAUUUUCAAGAUAAAGCUGCUGGAAACUUCGCAACAAAAUGCAUUCGGGUAUCUAGCACAGCAACCACUCAAGAUGUGAUUGAAACACUGGCAGAGAAGUUCCGUCCUGAUAUGCGCAUGCUGUCCUCUCCCAAAUAUUCCCUCUAUGAAGUGCAUGUCAGUGGAGAAGAAAGAAGAUUAGACAUUGAUGAGAAGCCUCUAGUUGUGCAGUUGAACUGGAACAAAGAUGAUCGGGAAGGUAGAUUCGUCCUUAAGAAUGAGAAUGACGCCAUUCCUGCCAAGAAGGCUCAGAGUAAUGGACCUGAGAAGCAGGACAAAGAAGGCGUCAUUCAGAACUUCAAAAGAACGCUUUCAAAGAAAGAGAAGAAGGAAAAAAAGAAGAGAGAAAAAGAGGCACUGAGACAAACCUCUGAUAAGGAAGAAAGGCCUUCACAAGGGGAUGACAGCGAGAAUUCUCGACUGGCUGCUGAAGUUUACAAAGACAUGCCUGAAACGAGCUUUACUCGGACAAUUUCUAAUCCUGAGGUAGUAAUGAAACGGCGGCGGCAGCAAAAGCUUGAAAAAAGAAUGCAAGAGUUUCGGAGCUCAGAUGGGCGGCCUGACUCAGGUGGAACAUUGAGAAUAUAUGCAGAUAGUUUAAAACCAAAUAUUCCAUACAAGACAAUCCUGCUGUCUACUACAGAUUCCGCAGACUUUGCUGUAGCGGAAUCUCUGGAGAAGUAUGGUCUGGAAAAAGAGAAUCCCAAGGACUACUGCAUUGCCCGGGUUAUGCUUCCACCUGGAGCCCAGCAUUCAGAUGAAAGAGGUGCUAAGGAAGUUAUUCUUGAUGAUGACGAGUGUCCUUUACAAAUCUUCAGGGAAUGGCCAAGUGACAAAGGGGUUUUAGUCUUUCAACUGAAGAGGAGACCACCAGACUAUAUUCCCAAAAAAAUGAAGAAACACGUUGAAGGGAAGCCGUUGAAGGGGAAGGACAGAGUUGACGGGUCUGGCUAUGGUUCUGCUCUUCCUCCUGAGAAAUUGCCCUACUUAGUAGAGUUAAGCCCUGGGAGAAGGAAUCACUUUGCGUACUACAGCUAUCACACCUAUGAAGAUGGCUCUGAUUCCAGAGACAAGCCAAAAUUAUACCGCCUUCAAUUAAGUGUGACUGAAGUUGGGACAGAGAAGUUUGAUGACAAUUCUAUCCAGUUGUUUGGCCCAGGAAUUCAGCCCCAUCACUGUGAUCUCACUAACAUGGAUGGAGUGGUCACUGUGACUCCCAGAAGUAUGGAUGCAGAGACCUACGUGGAUGGCCAGCGCAUCUCAGAGACUACCAUGCUGCAGAGCGGCAUGAAAGUGCAGUUCGGCACCUCACACGUGUUUAAGUUUGUGGACCCCAUCCAGGACCACGUUCUUUCGAAGAGAUCUGUGGAUGGAGGCCUGAUGGUCAAGGGCCCAAGACAUAAACCUGGAGCUGUUCAGGAGACAACCUUUGAUUUGGGAGGAGAUAUUCACAGUGGGACAGCAUUGCCAGCAAGCAGGAGCACGACUAGACUGGACAGUGACAGGAUGUCCUCUGCCUCCAGCACCGCUGAGCGAGGGAUGGUGAAACCAAUGAUCCGACUGGACCAGGAGCAGGACUAUCGCCGAAGAGAAAGCAGAACCCAGGAUGUGACUGGGCCUGAGCUGAUACUGCCUGCCAGCAUUGAAUUCAGGGAAAGCUCGGAAGAUUCUUUUUUGUCUGCCAUUAUAAACUAUACCAAUAGCUCUACAGUUCACUUUAAGUUGUCGCCGACAUAUGUGCUGUACAUGGCAUGCCGGUAUGUAUUGUCCAGCCAGCACAGGCCCGACAUCAGCCCUGCAGAGCGCACACAUAAGGCCAUUGCUGUUGUCAACAAGAUGGUGAGCAUGAUGGAAGGGGUCAUCCAGGAAGUAGACCAGGUUGAUCAGAAACAAAAGAACAUUGCCGGGGCACUUGCUUUCUGGAUGGCAAAUGCAUCUGAACUUCUCAACUUUAUCAAGCAGGAUCGAGACCUUAGUCGGAUCACACUAGAUGCCCAGGAUGUUUUGGCACACUUGGUUCAGAUGGCCUUUAAGUACUUGGUUCACUGUCUCCAGUCAGAGCUUAAUAACUACAUGCCAGCCUUUCUGGAUGAUCCCGAGGAGAACAGUCUGCAAAGACCAAAAAUAGAUGACGUGCUGCAUACACUCACCGGAGCCAUGUCCUUGCUGAGGCGCUGCAGGGUCAAUGCUGCCUUGACCAUCCAGCUGUUCUCCCAGCUCUUCCACUUUAUCAAUAUGUGGCUGUUCAACAGAUUGGUGACUGACCCAGAUUCAGGCCUCUGUUCUCACUACUGGGGAGCAAUUAUCCGCCAGCAGCUAGGGCAUAUUGAAGCCUGGGCAGAGAAGCAGGGACUAGAGCUGGCGGCUGAUUGUCACUUGAGCAGGAUUGUGCAGGCUACUACUUUGCUUACCAUGGAUAAGUAUGUGCCUGAUGACAUUCCAAAUAUAAACAGCACAUGCUUUAAGUUAAAUUCUCUGCAACUUCAAGCCUUAUUGCAAAAUUACCACUGUGCACCUGAUGAGCCUGUUAUCCCUACGGAUCUCAUAGAAAGUGUUGUGGCUGUUGCUGAGAACACAGCUGAUGAGCUCGCUCGCAGUGAUGGCAGAGAUGUUCAGUUGGAGGAGGACCCUGACCUACAACUACCUUUUCUUUUGCCAGAAGAUGGAUAUUCCUGUGAUGUCGUCAGAAACAUUCCAAAUGGUUUACAAGAAUUUUUAGACCCUCUGUGCCAGAGAGGAUUUUGCAGGUUGAUUCCUCAUACACGUUCACCAGGUACUUGGACGAUAUAUUUUGAAGGUGCAGAUUAUGAAAGUCACCUUAUGCGUGAGAACACAGAACUGGCCCAGCCUCUGAGGAAGGAACCUGAAAUAAUCACCGUGACCCUAAAAAAACAGAAUGGAAUGGGCCUCAGCAUUGUAGCCGCGAAGGGUGCUGGCCAGGAUAAACUGGGAAUCUACGUUAAGUCUGUUGUGAAAGGAGGCGCUGCAGAUGUGGAUGGACGUCUAGCUGCCGGUGACCAGCUCCUCAGUGUGGAUGGACGGAGUCUGGUUGGACUUUCUCAGGAAAGGGCAGCAGAACUCAUGACAAGAACCAGUUCCGUGGUCACACUUGAAGUUGCAAAGCAAGGCGCCAUCUAUCACGGCCUGGCCACCCUCCUUAACCAGCCGUCCCCCAUGAUGCAGAGAAUUUCAGAUCGUCGUGGCUCAGGUAAACCCAGACCAAAGAGUGAAGGUUUUGAGCUCUAUAAUAAUACAGCUCAAAAUGGAUCCCCAGAGAGUCCUCAGCUGCCUUGGACAGAGUACAGUGAGCCAAAGAAACUUCCUGGUGACGACAGACUGAUGAAAAACAGAGCCGACCACCGCUCCAGCCCCAAUGUGGCAAAUGAGCCUCCUAGCCCUGGAGGGAAGAGUCCAUAUGCUUCUGGAGCAGCAGCUAAGAUAACGUCUGUCUCCACCGGAAACCUCUGCACUGAGGAGCAGACUCCUCCACCUAGGCCCGAAGCCUAUCCCAUCCCUACUCAGACGUACACCAGAGAGUAUUUUACCUUUCCAGCUUCAAAAUCCCAGGAUCGAAUGGGCCCUCCUCAGAACCAGUGGCCAAAUUAUGAGGAAAAGCCACAUAUGCACAUAGAAAGUAAUCAUUCCAGUAUUACAAUCCAGCGUGUUACCCGUUCCCAGGAAGAGCUUCGAGAAGAGAAGGUUUACCAGCUUGAGCGGCAUCGAGUAGAGGCUGGCAUGGAUCGCAAGUGUGACAGUGAUAUGUGGAUCAAUCAGAGCUCCUCAGUGGAUUCCAGCACAUCCAGCCAAGAGCACCUGAACCAUUCCUCCAAGUCAGUCACCCCUGCUUCCACUCUGACCAAAAGUGGUCCUGGACGUUGGAAAACCCCAGCAGCAGUACUACCCACCCCUGUCGCUGUCUCCCAGCCCAUUCGAACAGACCUACCUCCACCACCCCCUCCACCUCCUGUCCACUACACCAGUGAUUUUGAUGGCAUUCCAGUGGAUUUGCCCCUUCCACCUCCUCCUGCCAACCAGGUAGGACCCCAGUCUGCUCAGGUGGCUGCUGCAGAGCGGAAGAAGAGAGAAGAGCAUCAGCGGUGGUAUGAGAAAGAGAAGGCCCGCCUCGAGGAGGAACGGGAGAGAAAGCGCAGGGAGCAGGAGCGCAAGUUGGGGCAGAUGCGCACACAGUCCCUGAACCCUGCUUCCUUCUCUCCCUUGGCCACACUGACCAAGCCAGAAAAGCCUUCCACAUUGCAGAGGCCCCAAGAAACAGUCAUUCGGGAGCUGCAGCCCCAGCAGCAGCCCCGCACGAUUGAGCGCAGGGACCUGCAGUACAUCACCAUCAGUAAAGAAGAACUGUCUUCUGGUGAUAGUCUGUCUCCAGACCCCUGGAAACGAGAUGCCAGGGAGAAGCUGGAGAAGCAACAGCAAAUGCACAUUGUGGACAUGCUGAGCAAGGAGAUCCAUGAGCUGCAGAACAAGGUGGACCGCACUGCAGAGGAGAGUGACCGCCUGCGGAAGCUCAUGCUGGAGUGGCAGUUCCAGAAGAGACUGCAGGAGUCCAAGCAGAAGGAUGAGGAUGAUGAGGAAGAAGAAGAUGAUGAUGUGGACACCAUGCUGAUCAUGCAGCGUCUGGAGGCUGAGCGCAGAGCCAGGCAGACUGCUAUGCCAGCAAUCUCUGUUCUAGAUUUGUUGCAGGAUGAGGAGCGCAGGCGCCAGCAGCAGUUGGAAGAGAUGCGCAAACGAGAAGCAGAAGAUCGCGUGAGACAAGAGGAAGACCGCCGCCAUCAGGAGGAGGAGCGAGUAAAGAGAGACGCUGAAGAAAAGAGGCGACAGGAAGAAGGGUAUUACAGCCGCCUAGAAGCUGAGAGGCGCAGACAGCACGACGAGGCAGCACGCAGGUUGCUGGAGCCCGAAGAUCCUGGGCUGAGCCGACCUCCACUUCCACGGGACUAUGAGCCCCCAUCCCUGUCCCCAGCACCCGGCGCCCCUCCUCCCCCACCUCAGCGAAACGCCUCCUACCUCAAAACACAGGUCCUCUCCCCAGAUUCACUGUUCACUGCCAAGUUUGUUGCCUAUGAUGAUGAUGAGGAGGAGGACUGCGGCCCAGCAGGUCAGGAUAAGUACCCCAGCACAAGAAAGUCUCAUGAGCACCUUCCUCUUGCUGCCCUUAAGCCGCAGCAGCCACGCCCAGCCUCGGAUGGCAUCUUUCUCUCCAACUCAUUCCAGCCACCCUUGGCCAAAGCCAACAGUACUGCUAACAAAGCAGGCCAGCCCCCACCCCCUCCAGGCAAACCGAGCUUCUACCAUCCUGGCCACUGGAAAGGUAGAGGACCGCACUCUUCUUACAUGGGAUCUGCAGGAACAACCUUGGGAGCCCAUGAUGCUUCCCGGGACCCAAGAGAGAAGCACACGAGAAGCCAAGAAGCAGACUCACCUGGCAGUUCUGGAGCCCCUGAAAACCUGACAUUUAAAGAGCGUCAGCGCCUCUUUUCACAAGGUCAAGAUGUGUCUGACAAAGUAAAAGCUUCUCGUAAAUUAACAGAACUUGAGAAUGAGCUGAACACCAAGUGAGAAGAGAAAGAGAGCACCUUGUGCUCACACAAGAUCUGCCCUUGGCAGUGGUUUUGUGGGGUUGAGCCUGAGGAGGAGGGAACAGUUCUAUUUUCUAAGUGAUUUCUAAUUUCUGUUUCUAAAAUGGUUUCAAGUUAGAGAUGUUCCAAUUUAAAAUCUUGUUUUACUUUUCCAAGAAAAUCUUGCCUAGUUCUUACUGAUUGACUCACAUGAAGUUAUCUUUUUUUUGUUAGCUUCUUUGGGGAGUCUUGGACUCAGAGGGCAAAAUGAAGGGCAGUAAAGACCAUAGGGUAUUUCCUCUACCCUCUUCUUUCCCAUCAUCAUUCCAAGGACCGUAGGCCGAGAAAUUAUCUUCUGUUCUUUCUCACAACUCCACUUGACUACCAGACAGUUACUGUGUUCUGGUGGAACCUGUGUUUCGGAGACAGGACUCUCAGCGUAGAGCCACCUCCUCUCAAGCCCCAGGGCAAGUGUGUCUCCAUUGCACCUGCUAUAGUGUGCAUUAGGUGGCUAGACGGAGUUUCUUAUCUGUAAGGUGCACAACACAUCAUUCUUGACCAAUGUGAGCCACCUGGUCAAUCCUAAAUGUUGAGAUUGAGUUUCUAAUUAAUAAUUCAAUUUUGAAAAAUCUCAAAUUUUUAAAGAUUUAAUCUUAGGGAAUUUAUUUUUAUAAAUACCAAAUCAUCAUUAGACUGAUCAUUGGUGAAAAUUAAAGAUGGUGGUUAUGUUAGGAAGUUACCUAGUAUUUCAGAUAUUCCAAAGAAUCUAGAGCUCUCUAGCUAAACGGCGUUUGUGUAGGUAGGAGCGAAGACAUCUGAGAAGAGUGGGAGCUCACAGGUGGCAAUCAAACGUAACUAUCAGAAAUUUUAAAUUUAGUAAAGAAAGAUUUGUAUAGGUAUUCUGUCAGAAAAGGGAGGAAGUGGUUACUGUGCCAUCUAAACUUAAAUUCUGUAAGAAUAACGUGUGGUAGCUCAAAUCUACAUUUCUUUCACAGCUUAAUAGAGUUGCUUAAAUUUAAUUUGUGAAUUUGUGUUGUCAUUCCUCCAGCUGAGUUGUGGGAGAAAAACAUGAGUUUAUUUUUGCAAGUUUUAUGAUUUCAAGCACACUUCCUAUUUAACAAAGCCCUAAUGUGGGUCCAGAUUAUCUUUCUGGACCUUACUAUUCUCUUACAUAACUGUACGUUAGGAAAAUAGGCACACUUUCAAAUAGAGCAGAGGCAUUUGCAACCCUAAAAACUUUUAGUAAGAACUGUAUAAUAAAUUGUUGAAAUAAAAAUGUAAAUAUUUUUUAUGUCUAUCAAGCUUCCUAUUUGAAAGUGUGCCUUUGUGUUUCCUCUGUAAGAGAAUUGGAUGGUCCUGAGAGUUAGUGAAGGAUGUGCACACUUGCCCUGCCUAGGAAGUGCAAUCUCCUUGUGUCUGGAGCACUGGCAACCUUUGGGUGGCAUAUCCAUACCUCCCAGAGAAAAGCAGAUACCUGCUGUUGCUCGUCCAUGGGAAGACAGAUGCACACCAGAGCCUGCAAACAUCUGAAAACUCUGCAUGUGUGUUUGUGGAACCCAUAGUGAAAUAGACUUGGCCCUCCCUGGACAGUAAGAUCCAAUGUGAAUAUGUGUUGUAAGAGCACGUUACAUAGCGUGUGUUACUGUGGGGAAGCACCCAAACUGCUGUUGUUUUCCAUUUCUACUGUAUUUCAGUUGCAGCCUAUUUUUAAUAAACUUUGUAUCUAUUUAAGUGUAUUUGCUAUUGUUUUCAAAGUGCUGACAAAGUUUAUAUUUGUAAUGCCAGCCUUCCUCUCUCCCAUUUCCAUCUGUCACUACUUCAUUAAACAAUGCUGAGUGUCA